AUGUCUGCGACUAACGAAAACACGAUGCUGCUGAAUGGAAAGAAGACGAUUAAUGGUGUUUCAAAUGACGUGGAUUAUCCGACAGAUAUGAAAGGUAUAAGUUGUACUUGGUUAUGAAGAUGUGUUCUAACUGAGUCCGAUGCAUAUGCGUAAAACAAUAUCCCGGUUUAUCAUCAGCGCGGCCCGCAUCCGUUUUCGUUACCGUGGAAUUAGAGACCUUGCGAUGUAGGACGCCAAAUUAGAAGUGCGACUAACCACUAAUAUGAUUUUUGGUAUGUGUAAUAUUUGGGUCAUUCAAAGAAGAAAUGUAAUAUACCUUUAUAAUAAAAAAUCCCAUCUUGAUCAACUUUUUCACUGUCAAUUUCCGGAUAUGAUGUCAUUAGGUGAAUUGCAAAUUAGUUUUCCUUUGUUUUUUGUACCAAAAAUUCACCUAAUGGUACGUCAUAUCUGGAACUUUGACAGUGAAAAAGGUGAUCAAGAUUAUAUUUUUUACUAUAAAGAUAUAUUACAUUUCUUCUCAGAAUGACCCAAAUAUUACACAUACCAAAAAUUAUAUUUGGGGUUAGUCGCACAUUAAAUAGAAUACAUGUUAGUGUUUCGUUCAACUUAAAUAGAAUACAUGAUAGUGUUUGGAAAGCAUUGAGAACAGCUAGCCAAGGUCGCGUGACUGCCACUCUUAUAAAACUCUUAUAAAUUAUUUAUUGGGUAUGAAUACAAAUACCAUUAUUACAAAAUUGAUUACUACAAUAAUAAUAAUUAAUAAUAAUGUUAGCUUAAAACAAAAAAAAAUCCAUCCCAAAUGGUGGAGGUGCGAACGAAAUGUUUAUAAAAAAAAAAACUACCCAUGCGAGACACCUCUCCGAAUACACGUGACAGUGUCAAUAAUUCUUACAAGUAACAAAACAGAAAUACAAAACAAUAAAUUACAAUACAAAAAACAUAAGACAGUCAAAUUCGAUGACAAGGACAAUUACGUGACAUUGACCAGGUACAUAACAAAUUUAACAUCAAAACUAGAAAAUAUUAAAUUAGAAUAAUGUUCAUAAUGAUAGUUUUUGAAUGUUCUUAAACAAGAGAAAGUAUCUGGUGAAGCUGAACUGUAAACACAGUUUCACAGUUUCACAAUUCGAUUGAAGUAUGAUGCCUGGUAGGUGGAUGUAUUGCAGCAGGGAGUCUUGAGUAUGAGGUUUGGAUUGUUGCUGUGACGGGUUCGGUUGUGAGGAACAAAAGAAACAUAGUUGUGGACAUCAAGGUCGGUGAUACCAUAAAGGGCUUUGUAGAAAAAAAAUCAGAUCUCUCAUCUCUCGAUCAUAACACAGCGGCAAUAAUUUCAAUUUUGUCAAACGUUCACUGUAGCUGGAAUAAAAAAAAAAAUUUCAAUUUUGUCAAACGUUCACUGUAGCUGGUAUAAAAAAACAAAACAUGCCAACUCUCAUGCACUCUCAUUUUCGUUUCAUCCAGGUAUUACUGACUUGAAAGAUAAAGGAAAGGUGAAUACGAGAAGAACCAAAGAUGGGUUGGAGAAAAGGAAAUUGUACGAAGUGAUGUUAUUGGAAGAAAUCCCAGGUACAUUGUAAUGAUUUGAGUUUGGCGAACAUACUGAACAUUGAUAAAAUAGGAAAAUGGAAUCAAGUCAGUGUAUUCAUAUAUAACACUAAAGGCUGUAAAUAUGGAUGAAGCGCGAUCAUAUAAAGGCAUAAUAUUAUGAGACGUUCACUGACCAAACUUAUUUAUUUAGACGAGCUUUCGGCCACUAGACUGUAGUCUUCGACAGGUACAGGACUAAUAAAAAUAUAUAGCAAUGGUUUACACUAUCAAAUGUUUCUGUGAUCACAGUAGGAAUUUUGCAUAUUAGGUGAAUUCUAAGUUUUGAAGGAUUUGUAAGAAAUUUUUGAAGGAACUGACUUCGUGUUUAGCAAUUUAGUAUAAUAAUAAAUUGAAAUUCCCCGUUAGCUGGGCUCGCAUGAACCGGCCCUUUGGUUUUUUUUCUGAUCGUAGAAUCCCACCGACCUAACGAGCCAACCCACGCCGUCCUUGAAGGCGCUCUUAAAUGGGACGUUGAUGGUCAAAGCAACCACGUCAGGAACCACGCCUUGAUACAUUACAUUGCCAAUCUCGCGACCAAGAAUGACGCCGACGACAUAUUUGAUUAUGAGUUCGUGGAAUCACUGCUCCGAAAUGGCGCCGACAUCAACUGUAUGGACCCGACAGGUCAGACGAUCUUUCAUGAGGUGGCGAGAUCUUGGAACACGGAUGUAGCAAAGUUUCUAGUGGAGAAUGGUAAUCAUAUGACCAUUAUUUAUCAUCAUCAGCACCACCAUCGUCCUCACAAGCACCAUCAUCAUCAUUAUCAUCAUUACCACUACCAUUAUCAUGAUCACUAUCAUCACCAUCAUAAUCACCACCGACAUUAUCACCUUCACCAUCAUUACCACCAACACCAUCAUGAUCACUAUCAUUACCACCACCACCAUCAUGAUAACUAUCAUCAUCAUUACCACUAUCAUCUUCACCACUGUCAUCACCAUCAUGAUCACCACCAACACCAUCAUCUUCACAAUCACCAUCACUACCACCAACACCAUCAUUAUCACUAUCAUCAUCAUUACCACCAUCAUGAUCACUAUCGCCAUCAUAAUCACUAUCAUCUUCACCAUUGUCAUCACCAUCAUGAUCACCACCAUCAUCUUCACAACCAUCAUCUUCACAAUCACCAUCAUCAUUAUUAUCAUCAUCAGUCGCUAUCAACCUCACUAACAUCAUCAUCACUACUGUCAUUCUAGUGGAGCAUAGUAAUUAUUUUCAAACAUCUUCUUGCGGGUCUUAUAUGCUUUUGUCUGAUGGUAUAAUUUUACAUCAGUCGCAUAUAGCAACACUGGACUAUAAUUAGACAUGGGGCUGGUUGUUUGAAAAUCGAUUAACUUAACUGUAGGUUAACCAAAACUGCAAAGCAAUCAUCCCAACAGCUUGUUUGUAAAUUUGGAAAUAUUUCUUUAGAAAUCUUGUCUGGAUCAGUAGGAGUUUUCUUCUCUGACAUUUUGAAAUAAACAGACGUGCAGAAAUACAUAAACUAAAACAGCAGGUUAAAUCUUAACCGUGUGUUACCGCUACUCCAGCUUUGAACAACUUGCCCAUGGGUGUAGCUGGAAAUCGAGGAAGAAAUGUUUAGAAUUGAUUGAAUUAAUUCGCCAUUUUGUCUUAAACAGGUGCCAAUAUAAAUCAUCAAGAUGAGUUUGGUCGUUCUCCACUCCAUGUUGCCGCAGCAGUCGACUACACAAGUAUGGUGGAAUUUAUCGUCCAAAAUGGCGGAGAUAUUGACAUCAAGACGAAAGAAGAAGGACAAACUGCCAUACAUUACGCCGCGAAAAGUGACGCGGUCAACUCUAUUCAGAUGUUGCUAGGUUACGGAGCCAAUAUUGAUUCUCGCGACUGUAGAAAUCGGACACCGUUACAAGUAUUAAAUCUCUCCUAUCUAUAUCCUUAUUUUGACUAUACAUUCAUCUCAGGACUGGAUGAAGUUUUGAUCAAGUUCGAGGACUGGAUAUGGUUUCAAUAAAGUCCACAGAUUGGACAAAGCAUUGAUCAUGUGUGAACUCCUAGGCGUGUAUAAAGUUUUUAUCAAGUCCUGUAGAACUGGAUAAAUUUCAAUUUCGAACCAGUUCUAAAAACACCCCGGAUAAAAUUCCCAACCCAAAUAUUAUUGUCUCUAACCAGAGAGCUUGAUAAAGUUGUGAUCAAGUUGUAGGACUCUAUGAACUUUUAUGACGCCCCUGAUCAAAUUCUGGGAGUGUAUAAAGUUUUGAUCAACGCCUAGUCUAAGAGUGGAUAAAGUUUUUAUGUAUAACAACGUUUAUGAAUUUUAUGUCACCUUAGAUCGCCGCAGAAGUGAACAGUUUCAAAGCUGCCAAACUUCUAGUGACUGAAGGAGCGCCUGCUGGCGUGUAUGACAACCUGGGGAACUCUGCAUUAUCACUCCUUAUUGAAAAGAUUCCUGAAGUGGCGCUCAUAGCAUUGGACCAACUUCACACAACAGACUACAUCAACAGACGAGAGUUUUACUUUCUCAACUACCUCGAAGGCGCGAAAAUGAAGGAAGAAUUGCUGGAAACACCAGCGCGUUCCCCCAUGGAAAUAGCUGUCCUGAAUAAAAGGUAAAAUGUAAAAUAUAAAUUUUUCCUUGAAAUUUCUUUCUACAAAACCCAUCAAGAUAAAUAAAUACUGCUUAUCUCGUCCAGACCCGUAGCAAUGGCGAGCACUUUAUGAAAUAUUGGGGGGGGGGGGAGCUCGUGGGCAUGCACCCCGGAAAAUGUUUAAAAUUUGGUCCCCGGAAAUGGCAUUAAUUUGCAAUUAAUUUGCAGCACUCUGAGAACACAUUUUGUAAAAACUAGGUUUUCAAAACACUGUUUUAAAUAAUGGUAUUAAAUAACAAUGUUUUAAUUAAUGGUAUUAUAUGACAAUUACAUUAUAUGAGUGUGAUUUGUGUUAUUUGGUACAAGAUUUUUACAGUCUUUCAAAAUUAUAGGGGUGGGGGGCUCAGGCCCCCUCCCCCCCUAGUAUCCGCCACUGACCUGUAGACCUAAGAUUUAGACAUACUAAGGUGAUUCCAUUACCGGAAUCGCACAGCCGCAGGUUCGAUUUCAGCUGGAGGGCCUUUCUUCCAGUCGUAUUCUCAUGUUAUUUAUCCAAACACAGAACGCGUUAUUUUGAUGUGCAGUUAACAAUACAAUCUAGGUUAUUUAGCUAUCUUUUUAUACUGAAAGGUUUGAUAUCAUCAUGCAUCCAGUCAUGAGAAGACUUAUUGCGGUCAAAUGGAAUAUUUAUGGCAAGAAAGGUGCCAUCUUAGAUGUUGUUUUAAAUCUGAUCUAUACAAUACUGUGGACUGUCGAAGGUGUGACUUCGCCGAAAUAUGGACAUGAAUUAUAUCUGCCAGUGAGAAAGAAUAUCGGCAGAAUAACUAUUGGUGGUUUGAUUGUUUUGUUCACCUUGGCUGAGAUUAAAAGACAAGUCCUACGUGAGUUGAUACAAGUAGUGUUGUUCUUGUUGGAGCAGUCGUUAAGAGUCGCCAAAAACUUCCAGUUGCAGUAUCACUGUCAAAUCUGUCAUCAUCAUCACCACCAUUACCACCACCAUCGUCGAUUCAUUUGCACCAUUAUUUCCAUCAUCACAUCUACCACCAUCGUGAUUACCACCAUCAUCUUCACAACCACCAUCAUUAUCACUAUGAUCAUCACUAUGAUCAUCACUAUCAUCUUCAUCAUCACUAUUAUCAUCAUCACUAUUCUCAUCACGAUCAUCUUCAUCAUCACUAUUAUCUUCAUCACCUCUAUCAUCGUCACUUUUAUCAACAUCACGAUAAUUUUCAUCAUCACUAUCAUCAUCACUAUUAUCUUCACUACUAUUAUCUUCACUACUAUUAUCUUAAUCACUAUUCUCAUCAUCACCAAAUCAUCAUCACUAUUCUCAUCAUCACGAUUCUCAUCAUCACGAUAAUUUAAUCGCCAUUACCAUCAUAUCUACCAUUAUCAUCACUAUCAUCUUCACUAUUAUCAUCAUUCUCAUCAUCACGAUCAUCUUCAUCAUCACUAUUAUCUUCAUCACCACUAUUAUCACCAUCAUGACGACCAUCAUCAAUAAGCACUACCACCACCAUAAUAUAAUCAUCAUCGUCUUCACCUACCACCAUCUUUACCACCAUCAUCCUCAUCACCGUAACAUGGUCCCCCCAGAUUUUGCAUUACCCAAGACAUAGAUAAUCAAUCCUUAUUGCAUUUCAAGUUCUAAACUUACUAUUCUAUUACCAAUCCUCAAACCAUCACCACUAGUCUCAUCCUGGCCAAACCCAUCCAUAUACCUUUUAGAAACGAUCAAGGCAAGACAAGAAUUAGUAAAAUGGCGCGAAUGGCGAGCGGAACAACUACAACAAGACAAACAAUAUUGCCAUCCAAGAUGGCCACAGGAAAGCAAACUACUAGACUCAGAAAUUGAAGCUGUCAAAGGUAAAAGGCUGUUAAUUUUUCCUGUCAACUGAGAGUUGAGUUGGAGUCGAAGGCUUUCUAGGUGACCACCAUACAGAAGGCUUUAGUAGUUGGAAAUUUCCACAUAUUUGAUACAUUUAUUGGACCUGACCAGGAGGAGUUUGUGGGUUAACCGAGUCAAAUCCGAGCCCGAGUCAAAUGUCCGAGUCACUGUUUAGUGGUCUUUGUAGUUCAAUGAUUUAGUACCCUAACCCUUCUCCCUAAGUAUGUAAUUCUUGGCCGUUUAAUGAAAUUGGAAAUUUGGAAUAUUUAUUUUCGAGAUAUAGGCGGAAAAAUUGGCCGUUAUUGUCAUAUUUUAAAUUAGCUUUGAUAAUCUAAUUAACAAUCGCCGUUUUGAUUAGUUGUUAUUUCGUGCAUCUAAAUGACUGUCCACUUUUCAUCGACUUCAGUAGCAGGCUCUAUUUCAAGUAUAGAGCCUGACACGCAGGCUACGCCACACUCGACUAAUUUAGUAGCAGGCUUCAAUCAGUGGCAGGUUAUUGGCAGCGUGGUAACCAUAUCUGGCACUCUUCAUCUUGUCUUUUUCUCAGGUCUUCAUCUUGCCUCCAUGACUGACAAAUGGGUUUAUUUCGAUUGGAUUUGUUUAUUUCUCAUUCUGUUGACCAUCGUCACAAGUAUGCUGUUCUUUCAUGAGGAUACCGAAUUGUGGAAGAGAAUAAAUAACCACACAACCAUUGUGAUGCUGUUGUUUUCUUGGCUCAGAAUGUUUAAGUACGCAAGACCGUUUGAAAAUGCCGGUAUGUAUUAUUCAUUUCCACAGCGGUUUUGAUGCCAUGGAUUUGGGUCCAUAUUUCUCUCAUUUCCUUGCUGCGCACGUAAAAAAUCUCUUUGCUACGCACGUAAAAAUUACUUAGUUUUCAUUUUAUAUUUCACUUUUCCAAUACGUUGUUUCAGGUCCAUUUGUGGUGAUCUUCAGUAACGUCGUGGGAGACAUUUUGAAAUGGUUUGUUAUGAACGCGAUCAUAUAUAUUCCUUUCACUUGCGCGUUCUGGAUCGAAUUUGGAAUCAAUUCCUCGUACCCGGCAGAAGGCUACACCGACGUAUCGUCCCUGCUAUAUAACAUCUUCCAAAUGACGAUUGUCGGAGACUACAACUUUAGCCACCUGCAGGCAGCUGACGAAACGAUGGCGCGCAUAUUAUGCGGAAGUUUCAUCCUUGUCGCGGGCAUUAUCACGCUAAACCUGCUGAUCGCGCUCGUUUCGAACACGUUCGAACGUCACUACGAAAACGCGGUUGCGAACGCGGUUAUGCAACGCGCGAGCACGAUUUUGUUGCUUCAAUCACGAAUGGGACCAAAGAAACGCAAACGGUAUUACGAGUUCAUCCGAACCAACGCAAGUCCGCAAAUUGUUCAAGCGAAAUACGGUGGACUCAUGACGGCAUCCCCCGAAGAUAGAGCGACGAUCGAACGAGUGUACGACGACGUACGGCAGAUUAAAAGCGUUCUAGCUGAACGGUUUGGACGGCGUUACGGAAAGGGGAAUAAAUCUGAUAUGGAAAAUGUCCGCGAGGAUUUGGAGAAAGUUAAGAGGUCCGGAAAGGAAAUGGCGAAGAAUAUUAAGUUGAUAUUGUAUGGUAUUGGCGGACAGCGUGUUUCGACAUUGUAUCAAAUGAACAGUGCGGACCUUCUCGGCGGCAAAAAAGAUGAUAACGACAGCGACGAAGAAACGAAUAAAGACAAUGACAAUAACGACAACAACAGCAAGAAUAACAACAACAACAACAACAACAACAACAACAACAACAACAACAACAACAACAACAACAACAACAACAAUAACGACAAUAACAACAACAGCAGCAACAACUUACUCACACCUACUCGACCGAGAAAAACCAGGAAGCGAAAUCGGUCCCGAAGAUCAAAGAAACCCGAUACUAGUGCUUCUGAGGCAUCCGACAUUGAUGACGCAAACAUAACCGGCCUUCCUGGAACACAUUUAACGUGGCCAAAAGCACGUGAUUUGAUGGAGGCGGUUGGUCGGCCAGGAAAAAAGAAAGAAAAGAGUGAACCCAAACGUGCUGGAGGAGAGGAUUGGCCUAAAGGUAAAUUGGGAUUUUCAUGUAUUCCCAGC